AUGAGUACGGUUUCCAAGGCUUUCCAGGGCCUAAAACGGUUCACAACCUGCGAUAAAACCCAAAACCCCAAACCAUUGACACAAUUCUUCCACGGCUCUCAGAUUGGCGACGCGCUCGUGAAGCUCAAACAACCAUAUGGCGGCUUUCUAGAUGGUCUGAAGAUGUACUCUCCUGGUGGGGGGACUAGCAUCUAUGGACCUGCUAUCACUGUCAAGAUGGUAGAGACGAAUAGUCCUGGUCCCACGCCGCCAUUGCAUUUUGCAGACGCAAACAAAGAGGGCCAUAUCAUGUAUAUCCAGCAACCCAAGGGUCUAUCCUCUGCUUGUUGGGGUGGUUUAAUGUCAAUCCGAGCUCAGAUGCUUGGUAGCUUAGGUGUCAUGGUUGAUGGCCGUAUGAGGGAUGCACAGGAGCAUCGCGAUAUGGGAUUCCCGGUCUUUGCUCGAGGUACAGCUGUUCUUGGAUCAAAUACAUUCACGCGUGCCUCUGAGAUCGAUGUCCCACUUCAGUUCAAGGGAGACCUCUGGGUCUACCCGAAGGAUAUCCUGGUUGGUGAUGAGAAUGGCGUGGUUGUUGUGCCGCCAUCAUUACUUGAGCAAGUCGUAGAGAUAUGCGCAGAGAGAUUUGAGAUUGAUGAGAAGACUAUGAAGGCUCUCCGAGCGGGUGAGCCUUUGGGCGCAACUAUCGAACGACUACGCAAGUAG